AUGCAAUGUGCUCGAUGCGGGAAACAAUAUCGAAGUCCCUAUCUUCUAAAGAAGCACAUACGAAGUGUCCACGAUAAGGCAUUCUCUCAGUAUAGGAGAACUCGAAAAAAUGUCUGCAACUGGGAAGGUUGCGGGAAGGCUUUCACGACUAAUGGUUUACUGGAGGACCACCUGAAUUAUCACAAAGGGAUAACACCGUACUGCUGCAAUUCAUGUAACGUAUCAUUUUCGGCAAGGGCUCGAUUUGCUGUUCAUCUUUCCAAAUAUCACAGAAUGAGUAUACGCGAUUAUACAAGCGUGACAAGUUUGCUGGGGUCUUCAGGAGUUUCUAGCUCAACAAAUGCCUAG